ACGUAUGUACCGUUCGGGUGUAAAUUGUGAUUUAAAAAUGUGACAAAUAUUAAAAAUAUGGACAAAAUAAGAAAACAAAGAAAACAUUUUAGGGGUGGCGGACGAGUAUCCACUGGACUAUCCAGGGCUAGAUGUAUAUCGUCUCUUAUUUAUUUAUUUAUUUUUUAAUUUUAUUUAUAGGCCUACAUACAUAUAUACAAAGUAUAUGCGUCUCGUCUAUACAGUUAUAACUAAAACGCUUCAUUUGAUAUAAAAAUGUAAACUAUAUAAUGGCCCUCUAAUCUUUCUUUCUUUCUUUCUUUCUUUCUUUCUUUCUUUCUUUCUUUCUAUCUAUCUAUCUAUCUAUCUAUCUAUCUAUCUAUCUAUCUAUCUAUCUAUCUAUCUAUCUAUCUAUCUAUCUAUCUAAAACCUCCUCUAUUCCUGUUUUGGAGUUUCAGCGGAGCUCGUGUGUGUGUGUGUGUGUGUGUGUGUGCGCUCGUGUGCUUUUGUGUGUCUCCGAAUGUGCGUGCGCGCGCAGCCAGUGCCGUGCGCUGGAGGCUUAUGGUAAUUGCGGUCUCCCGACUGGCCUUCUGGGUAGAGUCUGCGCGAGUGGGAGUGGAGCGAGUCGCUCGGUCUCGGCAGCGUUCAUCCAUUCUGUGCGGCACUCCCCGUACAGCUCCGUGCGUCCUCGGUGCGAACCGAGGGCUCCGACCGGAGUGUUGUCUGCGAUUCUCGAAGAAAAACGCGGGACGAACGGCUUCACGGAAUAACCUUCAGCGAACCUCCCGAGACACGGAUUCCGCUGUCGGAGAGGACAUGGAGUGACGGAGAAGCGGGAGAAAGGGGCUUUUUUCCGAGGACGGCGUGCUCCGCUGAAACCCAACAUGGCGCUGCUGCGAGGUACGGCCGAGCUGAAUUAAUUUCUCCGCGAAUCCGCCGACCUCGCCACCUGUAUCCUUUGGGGGCCCGGGCCAUACGGCACGUUGCUCUCAAACUAAAAAGGACCUUAGCGGAUUUUCUUUGUGGAUUUCUCUCAGUCCUUUUUUUCUCUCUCAGCGCAGGAUCUUUUUUUGUUGCUUUCCGAAAACCCAAGUGACAUUUUCAGCUGCAAAAAAGUCCGUUUGAAAUAGAGAGCAAGGGAUGAGAGUUUCCCAUAGACAAUAGAAUAAAGACUGAGAACGUUAAAUGUGACACUUUUUUUUGUUUCGUGACAAGUGGAUAACCUGUUAGACACUUUUAGUUUUUUUUUUUUUUCCUGUGGCCGGGAUCGCCUGUCUCCAGCAGACAGGACCGUAACCGGGCUGGUCUACGUACGCACGGAUCGCUGCCCUCCUAGUUAACUUGACAAAAUAAGAAAAAGACGUGAGUCGGAGCGCUCGGACCGCGACGGGAACUUGCACCAAUUAACCAGGGCAACAUCUGUUCGUGAUGUCGAUGCUGAGGCACAAACCAACCUGGAACUAAGACAAGGGAACCACAUCACACAAAACAUGGUGGAUGCAAGGUUGACGCCCCUGGCAGCAAUGGGGCUGGACCGAGGUACUCUGAUACACGAUGGUCUUCGCCUCCAUGGCGGGGUUGUGUAUCCAGGGAUCAGAGCACUGCCAGCAGAGAAGAGCCGAGAGACACCCUCCCUCCCGCUCGCUUAUAACAGGGAUGGUCUCCAAGAGCUCAUCUACAAGCCUGACGGCCCUCUGGACAGUCGUAAGGCCGCAAACGGAUACCUUGGCCUCUACAAGGGCACACACCCAAGUCUCCACAAACCUGUGGUGGUUCCUGGAGCUGAAGGUUUGGGCUUGGAACGCAGGGUCGGGCCUGGAGAAAAGGCAUCUGAAUUGGGCUUGGCGAGUGCUGGUGGCAGCUACCUCCGCAUGCCGUGGCUCAGCCCCUAUCCCGAAGCAAACAUGUAUUCCUUCAUGGAGACAUCCAAGUACGCAGCUAUAAACAUGUACAAAGCCUCCUUGCUCAGCCAGCCCAGCCCCUAUCUCCCGCAGCACCUCACCUACUCACCUCUGUGCGCACCCCAGGGAGGCAAUGUUACACCUGCUGCAGCUGCCUCUGCUGCUGAGAGGCUCUAUUAUAUGCCCCCCUAUCCUCCUUCACCCAUCUCCUCUCCCCUGGUGGCACCCCCUAUGAGGAUUCCUGCAGUCACAGUGGCCCCCACGUCACUGGUGCACUGUCAAGACAAGGGGCUUGGUGUUGCAUCUCCAUUUGCACAGCAGCUUCACCAACCGUCCCCUCAUCCUCAGCACCAUCAGACUUCUAUAGAUAGAGAUCGUUCCCCAAGCAAGAGCAGCCGGCCGAGCAGACCCCCUUCCAGGAAGGGCUCUAACAACAACAAUAAUACCAAUAGUACGAGCACUAGUGGCCCCAGCAGUGGGAGUAAUAGUCUGCCCACUGAUUCUUCUCCUCAUGUGUCUUCUCGCUUUCCCCAGCCUCCUCCUCCCGUUCUUGACAAUUCACUGGAUUUACAAAGGCCAGUGGCAAAGAUAGGACAGCCACCCACCUCCUCCAGUUCUUCAGUGUCUGCCUCAUCCUCGUCCACACAACCCAUUCCUCAUUCUUUCUCCGUUAGCAGCAUGGCGUCAGAGCAGCCCUCUCCCGCUCGACCCAGCCCCCACAAACAUAGGCCAAGAGACGGGCAACCUGAGCACAGAAGUGCAGGGGUCGAGAGAAGACCCAGCAGGUCGCCGUCCAAAGUCAGUUUCGAGAGGCCGGCUCAGCAACCCCAAGCAACCAAAGACUCGGCAGAGAAGCCCUUGGAUUUGUCUGCGAGGAUGCUGGAGUUUGGGCUGUCUCCUAAUGGAUUCACAGUUAAGAUGGACACUAUGGCGCCGGGCGCGCGCUACGUACACCCCCCCAGCCGAGAAAUCCUUAAGGAAAACCUGUCCCUCUCUCCUUCCUCUCAUCCCCAUUCUGUGGUCAGCAGCACUUCUUCAAAGGUCUCAGAGAGGCCUGAGAUGAUCAGCACUUUACACUCCUCCUGGGUUGUACCGAGCCCGUCUCCCUCUCACACACAGCACACACCAGGCUUGCCCCCCUCCCCGCGGCCUAACACGGACUUGGGCCUUUCGCAAGCCAAAGGCUCCUCUCCCUCGGUCAUCAAAAGUAAGGGUCUGGAGAGAGUUCUCCCGCAGCCACGUAGCUCGUCCUGUCCGAGGAUAGGUGAGCCUAACCAUAACAUUUCCUCCACUCAACACUCUGGCUCCUCUAUGGCCGGUUCCAGGGCUCUUUCUCCCAAGCCUAAUGGCGAGUGGGUGAAGCAUAGCCCCAGGCAAUCCGACCAUCCACAAGCUGUGAGCCAUCACACGGACGGAACAGAGAAGUCCUCCCAGACCACUAAGAGAGGGGAAACGACUCCAGACGUGUCUUCAUACAAGAGGGCUUGUUUAGAGAACGGUCACCCUCCGGGCCACCUUUACCUUCCUCAAAGUGACGCUUAUCUGAAUCAUGGUUUAGUUUAUGCCAACAGAUACCUGCACUAUCCUAUCCCCGACGGCAUGGCGCUACACCCUAUGCCGCUGACGGGAAAAGUUCCGGUGUACCCUCACCCAGCAUUGCUGGGCAGCAACAGCCUUUACCCAUCGCAUUUAACAGCAAAACACCCUUUACCCUACCACAACCUCCCAGCUGGUCCAGGGGGGGAAUAUCUGACUUAUAACUCACAAGAGAUGUCCCAUCCCUUGAUGCAAACGCUCUCUGACAACAAGAUGCCAGAAAGAGCAGACGCACCACUGAAGCCCCGGGGACAGGAGAAAUCCCGGGGCGCUGUCGAUGAAUGUGGGAGUCACAGAGAUCACAGUGUUGGGAAAGAGAUAGGUGAAGGAAACCAAAUAAAACCUGAUAGGGAAGCGGGAGGGCAAGGACAGACUGGCAGUCAAAGCAAAGCCCUCUCUGCAACACCCAGAGAAAAUAUUGUCUGCAUUGACCUUGUACACUCAGACACAGAUAUUGAGUCCACCCCAACAAUACACAAACAGCCGUCUGCCGAGACCAGCUCCAAGGUUAACCAAAAUGAAUGUUGUCAUAGUAACCAAAAUCAGACAAAGACUGACUAUGAGCCAAAACACCAACACCACCUUUCCCGUCCUUAUCCGGUUCACUCCGGACAGAGCCCCAACCUAAAACCCAACCACGCUGACAGGCAGUCAGAAACUCCCUAUGGGAAGGCAAAGGUUCUCCAGGACACGGGCUGUCCUGGGGUGACGUCUAGCACAUCCCCAGUGUCUCCAGGGCAGGUUGCCCAGGCGGAGGAGGAGAGUUCAGAUGAACAAAGCCUCAGCCCUGACCCUGUAGACCACGAUCAGAGCACUUUGCGCUGCGCCCGCACAUCAGGGGAGCGCAGCUCUGGUAAGGACAAAGGGGACAGGGACAGCCAAAUUCCCCACCUCAUACAGCACUACGCAGACGUGGUGAAGGAAUCAGACCGGGAAAACGUGUGCAAGACAGAGACUGAAAAAGAAGACAGUAUUGUUGACCUAGGGGAGUCUCAAGGAGAAGGCGAUGAGGACGAAGACGACGGUAGCCAGGCUUCCUCAAAAGCCUCUCGUAGAUCCAGCCUGGCCAAAAGGAUCGCUAAUUCCUCAGGCUACGUUGGCGACCGCUUUAAAUGUGUCACCACUGAGCUGUAUGCUGACUCCAGCAAGCUGAGCCGCGAACAGAGAGCCCUGCAGAUGGAAGUCAUAUCACGAGAGGGGAGUAAUAUAAGUCAACCUGCAGCUAACUGGGAGCGGGCAAUGAUGCGGUUCUCGGAGCUGGAGCUGAAGGAGAAGGAGGGCGGCGGUGUGUGUGUGUCUGCCUCGGCAGCAGCAGCGGCGGCAGCAGGACGGGAGCUGGCAGACGGCCAGCGCAGAGAGAGAGCGCUGGAGCACUGCCAACACACCACCAGGCUGGGAGAGAGGGAGGGUGUCCGGCCGGCGUACACAAACAACAGAGUCCCAGUCCUCCAGAGGUGCGGGGGCCAGCGGGAGCCUUUGUCCCCGGGUCACGCUCUCCAGGACGGGGCCAGAGGUGCCGGCCAAGGAGGGCUCCAGGACGGGGCCAGGAAGUCGAUGAGAGAGUCCGAAGAAAUCCAUUGUAUGCCUCCCACUCUGACGCCAUCGAAAGGGUACCCCGAAGAGAAGGACGGCUCCGGUUUCGGAGUCGCCAGGAAACGCCCGCUCGGCCCCAAGGUCGAGCCGGACGACUUCGAGAGGGAGGACUCGUACCACCCGGAGAAAAGAGCCAAACUUUCCAUAGACGAGAGUGAGCUGGCCAGUCCCGACGAAGACGACGACGAUGACGACGACGACGACGAGGAGGUGCGCAAGCUCAAGGUCUGCAUCGAGCUCAAAGGCCUGCGACUCAGCAAGCCUGCCGCUGGUGCCACUUCGCCCGACAGGUUCCAGAUCAAACAGGAGAGGCCGUGGCCCCAGCCGCGACUGGUAACCCCAGCCCAGACGCCACGAGAGCGCAAGGUUAGGCCUGGCGAGCUUGAGGCGCAGCGUGCCGAGAUCAACAGGAAAUGGGGCUGCGAGAAACUUCUUAAUGGAGUAGCUGCCUCCCCCCUUGCCCCCGCCCAGCUGAAGGACAGAGCGCACCCGCCGAACCCCUUCUCAGGUGACCGUGGCCUCAAGGAGCCCAGAAGGGGGCCCCCCUCGCCGGCCCCGGAGCCUUCCGUGGGAGGCGCCCCUCCCCUCAAGCCCCGUCGCCAUAGCGACACGGACAAACCCAAGGGCAAGCGGCCGUGCAAGACCAAACACACCAGCCAGAGGGAGCGAGAGCGGGAGAAGCGGAAAGAGGCCACACCUAACAGCCCGGGCCAGCGCUGUGUGGCUGAUCUGGGAACAGCUGAGGAUGACAAGCUGAGUGAGCAGCGCGGCGCUCCGAGGAAGAGAGCCGCCUCCCCUAAUCAUUAUCCCUGCUCUCCAGUGAAGCCCUGCUCCCCCACCGAGCAGCUCUGUCCGCCCUGCCUGCAGCCCCAGGCGAACGGCAGAGCGCAGGGCGGCGUUCCUCCGGAGGUGGCGGGGCUGCACAGGACCCCCCCUGCCGAGCCCUCCGUGGUGCGCCCGAUCCCGCCGGAGGCUCGGCGGCUGAUCGUGAACAAGAACGCCGGGGAGACUCUGCUCCAGAGAGCCGCGCGUCUCGGCUACGAGGAGGUGGUGCUGUACUGUCUGGAAAACAGAGUAUGUGAGGUGAAUCACAGAGACUACGCGGGUUACUGCGCUCUGCAUGAGGCGUGCGCCCGCGGCUGGCUCAGCAUAGUCCAGCACCUGCUGGAUUACGGGGCCGACAUCAACUGCAGCGCACAGGAUGGCACCAGGCCGAUCCAUGACGCUGUGGAGAACGACCACCUGGACGUGGUGCGAGUCCUGCUGUCGUACGGCGCCGACCCCACCCUGGCCACGUAUUCCGGCCGCGGCCUCCUCAAGAUGACCCACAGCGACGGCAUGGAGCGCUUUCUCACCGAUUAUUUCGCUGACCUUCAGGGCCGCUCGGAUGACGACCCGGGGCUUUAUUGGGAAUUCUACGGCAGCUCCGUGUGCGAGUCGAGCGAAGAGGGCGGCGUCUACGACAUCCUGGCGGACCCCCCGGGCCCAGAGGAUGAGGAAGAGGAUGAUAAGAGGGAGGUGUUUGAGUUCGAGUUCUCCGACCGACCUCUGCUGCCUUGCUACAACAUCCAGGUGUCCCUCUCCCAGGGGCCGAGGAACUGGCUGCUACUGUCCGACGUGCUUCGCCGGCUGCGGAUGUCUGCCCGGGGUUUCCGGCAGGCGUUUCCCCACAUGGAGGUGGUGACGGUGGCCGAGGCGGAGUUUUACCGGCAGGCGUCUCUGUCGCAGCUCUUCUCGUGCCCGGAGGAGCUGGAGGGCUUCCACCCGGACAGCAAGGAGCUGCUGGACCUGGUGGAAGACAGCGCCGAGCUGGCCGCCCUGCUGGGCUCCACACUGGAGUGUCUGGACGACCGCUGGGACCACCCGGCAGACAAACUGAAGGACAAAAUCAAGGCCAUCGGCAAGCUGGGCUCGUCCUGACCCCUCGACCCGCCGGACCCCGACCUCGAUCUUUACCGACUGCAGUUUGCUUUAGAACCGACAUGGGGUUACGAUGAUAUGCCUUAGCCUGACCCUUAGUUCCUGCGCUUCUGCCCGACUCUGGACCAGCACUGGUGCACUGUACAGAUAGACUUGACCUACUGGCUGACUGGGCUGCUGAAACGUUUCCCUCCGUUAACUGAGGAUCAAUGCAUUUGUGACUCAAUAGACUUAAUAAUGGUCUUAUUUUUAUAAAUUAAUAUAUGUAUAAAUAAAUAUAUAUAUAUAUAUAUAUAUAUAAAAUAUCAUGAGAUUGUUUUUUUUGUUUGUUUUUUUGGAUGUUGCUCACGACUCCUCUGAAAGAUUUUGUACGGCAACAGUCGUGUUGUCAGCGACUGGACGGAGUGUGUGAGCACGCAGCACAUUGUGCAUGUGUGUAGCUGUACAGAAUAGUACUGACGCUGUGCUAUUGAAUGUGGUAUUUGUGUUUAUAGGAAGCACAUGAUGUCCUGUUUUUUUUUUUUUUUUUUUUUUCCCUCCUCUCCUCAGACUUUAGUGCUCGCUUGAGCCUCAGGGGCUAUUUUGUUGUAUUUUUUUUUAUGUUCAAACUUCGCUUCCUGUUUAGUCUGUAAUUUAACAUGCAAAACUACAGAAUCGUUUGUAUAAUAAAGUUUUAAGAUAAUGUUGAUAUUCACCCUUCGGCACGGAGCUUGUAUAUAACGGGGAGGCUACUGCAGUAAAGUAAUUUUUGGUGUGUUAAUUUUUUUGUUUUAACUUUGUAAUUAAAAUAUCUCAUAAUUUGUAUUUAUAUUUUACAAAAGAAGUUGCUUUAAAAUAAAUAUACAAACUGCAAGAUGAGCCCCGUGCGCCGCUCCUCAUUGUGUGUCCAAUAAAUUCAUUUGAAUUCUGA